AUGAUUUUAAUCAUUACUUUAGUCUAUAUAUCUAACCAAAAUUUGAUUUAUUAGUUUGAUGCAAGUACUCAAGUAAAAGAUGGUAAUUUUUAAAUGAUUUAUAUUCAUUAGAUUGGCAAGGUUUGUCAACUUUCUUAAAAUGUGGAAAUAUAUUUUAUUUUGGGCAAGCUCAAACCCAUUAAAUUAGCAGAGUAUUUUUGGAUCUAGAAUCUCAUUAAUAAUAUAGGAUUGAUGCAGAAAUUCUUAGGUAUAUUUAUUUUAUUAGAUAAGCAUUGACGGUUAUAUAGUUCCAAAAUUUUUUAUAGAAAAUAAUCUUGAAAGCCAAGAUUCAGAGAGUCCAACAUAAGAAAUCUAAGUUUGUGGUGGUUUGAAUAUGGAAUAUUUUAAAACAAUUACCAUAAUUCGUAAGCAUAAUAGAAGAAAUUUUUGGAUGAGAAUUGAAUUAGGUUAAGGAGGAUUAUUAAGAUUAAAAUUAAGUAUUAUCUCAUGCUAGUAUGGAUGUAUUGGAUGUAUAUAGAUUCAUCCAAUAAGUUGUUUAAAUUGGAAAUUGCAUGAAUAUUUAUUUCAUAAUAAAUUAAUAACAAUUUAAGAUGGGUGGAGCUUUUCAUUAGAUGUUUAUCAGGAUUUCUAUUGUGGAUAUUGUUAAUAUUUAAAAUUUACUAUAAUUAAUUAUUCUACUCAACUACCUCCUCAUUAAGAUUUAUUAAUAAGGUUUUAUAAACGAGAUAAUGGGAUUAUUAUCUUAGAUUAUAAAUAUGGGAUUUAGAAAACUACUAAUGAAUAUUACCAUUUAGUUGAAAUAUUAAUAACUAAUCACCAAGAUCCGAUAUUAUAAUUAAGUUUUAGAACUUAAGAUUCGGAAUUGAAAAGUUUAAUACGAGAUUUUGAACUAUUUUACACAGAGCCAGAAUUUAAAUUUCCAAAUUUUUCACAAGGUUGUAUAGAUUUGAAAGGUGAUUAAUGCUUAAGAUGUCAAAAUGGUUGGAUUUAAGAUGAAUACUUUAAGAAUUGUCAUCCUAUUUGUGGUGAUAAAAUCAUUCAAGGAUAAGAAGAAUGUGAUGAUGGAAAUCAAAUAGAUAAAGAUGGUUGUUUUUAAUGUCGUUUUUCUUGUAUUGAUUUUUGUAUAACAUGUUUAUUUGGAAUCUGUUAUGAAUGUGAAGAUGGAUUUAUUAUAAAUAAUAACCAUACUUGCGAUCCUAAAUGUGGAGAUGGAAUUGUAAUCCCAUAUUCAGGUGAAUAAUGUGAUUUUAGAAAGGAUAAUAAUUAAAGUGGUUGUGAGAAUUGUAGAUAUAUAACUAUUAGUAAUUGUAAAGCUUCAUAUUUUACAGAAUGUUUAGAAUGUGAAUAAGGAUAUUAUAGUUUAGGAUAAGAAUGUUAUCCUUAUUGUGGAGAUAGGAUUGUUCAAGAAUAAUUUGAGGAUUGCGAUGAUGGGAAUUUAGAACCCUUUGAUGGUUGUUAUGAAUGUUAAUUUCAAUGUAUAGAAGGUUGUGAUAUUUGUGAUCAAGGAUAAUGUUUAUUGAAAUGUGGCAAUGAAUAUGAAUUUGUAAAUAAUGAUUGUCACUCUAUUUGUGGAGAUUAAAUUGUUACUUAAGAAGAGGAAUGUGAUGAUGGAAAUAAUAUACAAUUUGAUGGUUGUUUUAAUUGUAAGUUCUCUUGUCCUUUUCAUUGUGAUGAUUGUUAUCAAGGUAUUUGUUUACAAUUUAAUAAUCAAUUACUUAAUUUGAAUUAAUAUAAAUAAUAAUUGAAUUGUGGAGAUGGAUUUUUAUAAGAAUAAGAGUAAUGUGAUGAUGGAAAUGAUUAAAUAGCCGAUGGAUGUAGUAAUGAAUGUGUCAUUGAAUAAAAUUGGAUCUGUUAGACAAUAUUAAAAGAUUCUCCUACUUAAUGCUCUUUUGUAAGAUAACCAAAAUUAAUAAUUAAUUAUCUAAAUAUGACUCAUAAAAAAUAAUACAUUAGUAUAAUGUUUAACCAGUAAGUAAAAAUUUACACGUUUCA